GUAGCAGGUCAGUUAAACUAUGCAGGCUACCGAAGUCAGUGAGGAUCAAUGAGGAUCAAAUCUGUCAACUUCAGCCGCAGAUAAAGUGACUUUAACUGAACACUGUGGAUGAAAAACAUUGUUGACACCCUGCUACACACGCGCCGUGUGCGCGCGCGCGCUGACUGGAAGCUGUAUUUCCACAUUCACACACCCUCGGAUCCGGUUGGAGGAGAGGUUCAACCGGGACAGUUGGUGGGAUGCAGAGAGAGGAAAGACGCUUCUGCCGUCGCUGUGGGUUUCAGGCCUCAUGAGCUUCUGACAGAGAGCUGCAGCAGGCAUGCCCAUCAGAGCCAAACACUGGACUCCUGAUCCCAAGUGACCUGUGUCACCAUGCCAACUCCCGCAAUCCUCACAGCAACCAGUAGUCCUCAGAGAAGUUGCUAGGUUUACAAACCCUUUACAUCUGUGUGAGCCUACAUAAAGUGGAUCCCCUCCAGUACUGAGAGAGACCAGGAGGCAGAGAUGGUUUGCCAGCGGGGUGCCCUGCUGAUUUUCAUGUUGCUGAUGAAGACGGGACUUGUGGGUGGAUGUGUGUGUCCAGCAGCCACCAUCUUGUCCCAGUUUCCCUCCGAGGUUCCUGCUGACAUCUGUUGCUUGAACUACUCUGGCUCUGCUUUCAGCCAUGUGCGCUGGUCUGUGUUUACCAAUGAGACAAACAUAGAGACACUGGAUCUCUCCUCCUGUAAUAUCAGUUCUGUUGAUAUGAGUGGCAAAGAGGCUUCUACAUUGCAGAAGGUUUACUUAGGUCAUAAUAGACUAACAACGUUGCCAAGGGAGUUUCUGGCCAGCCAGCCCAGUCUGACAGAGGUGGAUCUGAGCGGGAACCUGAUUCAGGAGCUUCCUGAGGGUUUUCUUCAGGACUCAGACAGCCUCCAGAAGCUGUAUCUGCAGGGAAACCAGCUACGCUUCCUCCCAGGCUCUGUACUGCAGAAGCCCAGUCUGCAAAGGCUGGAGCUGGAUGAGAACCCCUGGGACUGCUCCUGUUUGUUACUGGAAGGCCUGGAGGAAGGCAGAAAGGUUAAUAGGACCACUAAGGUGCAGGAUCUGGUGGGGAACUUGACCUGCGUCUCUCCCAGACACCUGGCCGGCAGGACUGUGUGGUCGAUGAGGCUUAGCGACGUGUGCCGCCCGGCUGGCCUCACCGCACUCUUCAUUGUGCUCCCUCUUCUCAUCCUCUCCGCCUUGGUGCUCUGCUGGUGCUGUGGCAGGAAGAGGAAGAAGAAAGAAGCACCUGUAAGCACCUCAAAAAAGAGAGCUUCCAGCUCCAGCUGCAAUGGCCAGAAGCAUCGCACGAAGCAGCAACCUGUGUCCACUGAGCAGAAAAAAGCUGGAAACUGUGUCAAUGAGGGAAUCCUGAAGAACCAGCUACUGCUACGCCCGGCAUCCACCCUCCUGGGCAGCACCAGGGACAUUUAUGAAGAGGUGGAGAUUAAGCUGGGCUCAGUGGAGUCUCUUCCCCGAGUCUCCUCACGCUGUUCCAGCUCCACAGAGGGAAAGCAGGGCUCCCAGGAGCCCGACGGGGCCAGUAAGACAGAGCUGGACACAGUCAGCGUGACAGAAGUGAUGAAAGACUCAGCUGACAGGGAGAAGGCUUACCUGACCCAAUCAACUGAAUAUUACAGCCUGGUGCCGGGUAUCGAACUGGAGGACUCAGACCACGGCGAGUAUGAAAACGUCAACCUCUCGUGACACCAUCUUAAAGGAAUAGUUCAACUUUUUGGGAAAUACGCUUUUGUUUUCUUGAUGAGAAUUAGAUGAGAAGAUCAGCACCACUCACAUUUAAACCUAUUUUCUCAAUCAGCUUCUCACCAUAAGUGAUGAGGUCUCACAGUUGGUAGUUUGGGUCAAUUUACACAAGAUAUUUCUGUAUUUGUGUUUGUUUUUCUCCUUGCUUCCAGUGUUCAUGCUAAGCUAACCUCACUUCCUGGCUCCAUCUCCAUACUUAACUCACAAACGAGUUGUAUCUGUCUUCUCGUCUAACUCUCGGCAAGAAAGUGAAGAAGCAUAUUUCCCAAAAUGUCAAUUAUUCCUUUAAAUGCACUAGAGACAGUGUGUGUGUGUGUGUGUGUGUGUGUGUUACAGAAAAAGCAAGUUAUCUAAUGACACAGAGACAGCCUGGUCCGACCACUGUAGUAUCACAAUGUAAGAGGAAGUGAUUUCAUCCGGAGCUUUUCCUGUGGGACCUGAGGAACGCAGUGACGGUUUGUAAGGCAGGCCCUCUAUUUGCUCUGGAAAAAAAUAGCAAAUUUAAAGACACCAAGGCACAAAGACAUUUAUUCUAUUUAAUGCUGCACUCCAUGCAAAUGUACACUUCAUGUUGUUUUCAUGUCUAUUACACAUUUUUAAUUACUGUAGAUCAAGCAAGCUUUUGUAUGUACUUUCCCUCACCCAAGUGUGAUUGUUAAAUGCAUUCCAGUUUGACUUGUUACGUAUUAUACUGCAUAGCUUACAGGAUGUUCCUUCACCUUAAACUGUACAUCCCGAAAUGUAGGUGCUGAACAGUGACUAAUCCCAUUGCAAUGCUCACAGUUAAUUCAGUGUGAAAUGUGGAAUGUAAAGCUUAGAUGAGAAGUCUAAAUUUAUAUAUGUCAUUGUUAAGCAAGAAUACAAAGACAGAUGCUUGAUCAUGCUUUAUGUCACAUACUAAAAUAUGUUGGAAAAUGGCAGGGCAGUCAGAUCUAAAUGCUGGUGAAUGCUGGUUUAAGAUAAAUCUCUAUGUAGUGCCGGUUCAGUAAUCUGAGAUACAGAGCAUUUUUGUGCAGUGGUGCUACAACAUAGUGACAUUGGAGACGACACCUACACAAAAGACAGCACUGAUCAAACAGGGUCAUCAGGAUGCAGACACUUGAUUGUUAUAUAAUAUGUGGAAAACAGAUGUCUCCCUCUCACACUUGCUGGCUUUGAAUACUAAUUGAUUCGUGUUCAGUGAGACACAGAGAGAGUGGGUGCAGAUAAGGGUGUGGAACUUCCUGGAAUUUAAAAAACUGAGGUGUAUUUUCCAGAAGGGUUUUCUAAAGCUUUAUUUACCGACAUUGUAAGGUUUACUGCUUUCCAAAUGCCAAAAGUCCUUAGGUCCAAAGACAAACAGACAAAUAAGUGAGUGUUGCGUGUUGUAAAUGUACAAUUUCUGCACAGAAAAACAACACACUUUAUAAGGCAGUGCACCCUCAGCUUGUAAGCUAACCUGAUAGAACUUCAAAAAUCAUAAACACAUCAACACGCUUAAUUUAUAUAUAUUUUAAUUAAUUUAAUUGUAAACAGGGUCAUGUCCUCUGUAUUUAAAUUUUUUUGUUUAUUUUUAGGCAUGUUUAGCAACAUGUGGCUAGCUUUAUUCUUUAAUUAUUGUUGCUACACCUGUCAGACUUUCCUUUCUCACGGCACAUAAGCAGUUUACAUUGAUAAGUAGUUGCAGAUUUAACAUCAUUCUUAGUGAUUUUUGAAACAAUGGGUUUACAAACACAGGCUUCUUAUAUCUAGCCGGCGACCAUAGAUUUUGCCGGCUGAAAUUACGUCACUGGCAGAUUUGAUCAGCUUUAUCUAUAUCUAGAUUAGCUAAUUAAGCUAACAAUAGCUCCAAUAAUUGGUUGAAAACACUCUCUCAGGCUGACUUUUUAAUGCUUCAAGCAGACUCGUUUUAAAAUGACAAUCGUGUAAAAGAGGUCUUGAAUAUGCACUUGAUAGCUACAUAAUAUAAUACAAACAAAACUAGGCUAAAGCUACAAAUGUCCCAGGCAAAAAGUUAUCAUCCUCACCUGUUGAUGAUCCGUAGGCCUAGAGUAUUUAAUGUUAGCUUACAUACUUAUACUUACAUAUUUUUAAACAUUAUGUUUUCACUUUUACUGUUACAAGAGAAAAGGCUUUUAGAAUGAGGACCAACUGAUGUGUCAACUUCCCCAAAUCCAAUAAAGAACAGGACAGAACUGCUAACAUUAGCUUAAACUCCAAUAGCAUCCAGGACCAGCUACCACAAUCCUCUAAUAAAUACCAAUACAUCCAUGUAAUUACUACACAUUGGAUGUGCUAGUUGUGAAUUGGGCCUUUUUUAACGUAACCUGGAAGUAGCACCCGGUUUUAAGCUAGUUGGGCAUGCUAACGAAUGAUUCGUACGUUAGAGCAGAUAAUCACACUUUUUUUAUUUUGUAUGCUUUUGCUCUUGUGUUUUUGGUUUUGGAAAGGUUAUAAAAAAGGACACCACCCUCCAAACUCUUUAGAUACUGAAUAUCAUUCUUGUUAUAGUGCUAUAUAAAUCCAAAAUUUGACAAGUCUGCUGUGCCGAGUUAUGGUUGCUAAGCUACAGUAUGAUUUUGCAAUCUUCGUUUGCGGGAUGGGUUUAGUUAACAGUUACAAUUAAAACCGUACACAUUGUGGGUAUUUUAAAUUCCAGUCUUUUUAGACUCAAUAUAUUUCAAUUUGACUUGCAUAAAUAAAGAACAAGUUCAUCAUUUCUCCACCAGAGUUUCAUUCCUGGCAGUAUAGAAAAGGCUUUGAAACAGCAUUUAGACCUUCAUUUUAGUAUAUUUGACGUUUAACUGAAUAAAGGAAAUAUGAAAAAUCCAAAUAGUUAUAAAAAUUUAGAGACCUUGUUUCUGGUCAAAACUUUCUGAGAGUGAUGACCUCAGUAUUUCUAAAAUCCUGGCUACGGACGUGAUUUUUUAGGUGAAAUUAGGCCUUAUGGAGUGUUUGAUGACUGUGUAUCUUAUCACAAAUGGUAAAACUGCUGCAGUAACAGCUAGGCCUACUAAACAACAUAGUAACAUUAAUAAUCCUUCUCUGUUGGGUAUACUGGUAUGAUACUUAAUAAAAGCACUGAUGUUCAUCACUAUGUUUAUCCUGGCAGAUGCACUAUCUUGAUUGUUUUGGGUUUUUUUGUAUGCAAAACAUUUGAAUAUUGUUGAAAGAAAAAUAAAAGCAUUUUUUUUUCAAGA